GGGAAAAGGCAAAAUGACACUGGUUACGUCGAUCGACAACAAAUAAGAACAAGCCUAUGGCUGGAAUCACUAACAUUAUGAUUUAAAGACAUUCACUGAAAAGGGUGUUUCUAUAGUGUGGUAUUAUGGCAACAAAACCAGCUGGCAUUGAACAUGUACUGGAGAGCAGUAUCCUCGAACUGCUGUCUGUUACUAGUGCAGCUGUACAGGCCCUUGACAGAUCCUCACACACAUCAGACAGCAGCCAGUCUACAUCAUCAAAGGGAAAAGAUUCUUCAAAAUCCUUGCUCAGGAGUAAGGACUUGACAGAGCAUCUGAUUACUGACAGUGGCAUAGGCAGAACUGUCUCAGCAGAAGAAGAGAAUAAAAUAUCCAACAUUGAUCUUAUUGGUGAUCCAUAUAACCCCGAGUCCGACCAGAGCACCACGGCCAGUGAUGUCCUGAUACGGUCCACUCUUGUUGACCCUCAAGAGAAAAGCAAUCUGAGCUUAAAUUCCAGCCACACAUCCAAGUCCUCACACUCGUCGAGGAAUCUUGAAAACUUUAACCAUACUGGUGCUCAUAAAGUUAAAAUUCCAAAGAAGCACCUUCGGGAAAUUUUGUCACCUGUUGACAGUACAAGUAAACCACAUUUGAUGCAAAAUGGUGAUGAUUUAAUUUAUUUAAACCAAAGCAAUUCUGCAAAACCAUCUGGCUUUGAAAGAAAAUCUUUAUUAACUUCAACAGAACAUAGCAGUCAGAAAGUAACAAAAUCAGUUGCAAGAUCGUCAACUUCUGAAAAGGUUCAUAAAGCAGAAGUGAGAACAAAGUCCAUAAAACAAAAUGGUUCUACUGGAUUCCAUGCAGCAGCAAAUCCUGAUGCUUCCCAAUCAAAUAAGACUUCUACAUCUACAACAUAUAGUUGCCCAUUUCACGGCUCUCGGCCUAACAGUGCUAGGUCUGCAAAUUCAGUAAGUACAAAAUCUGACUCCAAAGUAGAGAAAAGUAAUAUAAGCACAAAGACAGAUAGUGGUUUAAAGUCAUGGGUAGACAGUUCAGGGUUGGCUAAUCCUGCAAAGAAAUCAUCUGAUGGUGAAUCCUGGCCCGGUGGUGGGAAAUCCACCAGUUCUAGGACAGAGGUCUCAUCAGUUUAUCAUCCACCACAAGGCAUGCCUGCUGCAGAGUGUGUUGGAGAACCAUCAUUUGCUUCAGCUAGGACUAAGCGUUUAGCUGAGGACGGAGUUAGAAGAGAAGCACCGAUAUCUAUGGACAGUCGGUCAGGUGUUGAUAAACAUGCUGGGCUGUUGAGGAUGUCAACACAGUCUGAAGCUGAAGGAAAUAUAAGCAGUGCCAGCAGUUCUCAGCCAGAAAUUAUCACUGUUCACGAGCAGAUCGUCACCGUAUCAGCGCAACAGUCAUUGCCAUCUGAUGAUUCUUUGUCACAGAGUGACAUCACAGAACCUGACACAAAGAAACCAAUGCCAGCCCGCUUUAUGGCAAUGAACAAACAUUUGAAUGGUUUGCGACAAGGAGCUUUAACACAUGGUGUGACAGUGCCAGAUAAGCAUUCGUCAACAGAUCAAAUCCACAUAUCUCAGUUUUCUUUAAACCAGCAACAGAAAACAGCAAAAGAAGCCCUGGCAAAAAGGUCUACAACAACAGGUCCUGUUAAGAGAUAUGUUCAGCCAAAGAUAGUGAGACAUGCAGCAGAAGUCAAGUCGACACAGAACAGUGAACACAUGUCAGAACGUACCACUGAGUGUGUCACAGCCGCGGUAGCUGCAACUGCUGCUGUUGCUGCUACACAGCCGUUCAUUAAGGCUCAGUUUGAGUUGGAAAGUCGUAUGACUAAACUGUUUGAUCAGAUUGACGAUCUGCAGCGUGGUCUCACAACUAAACAGCCGAGUGUUGUGGAGAAAUCCGACAGAGUCGUAGAGCUGGAGCGUCAGGUGACAGACCUAACAGAGAAGAGAAUCGAACACCUCGAGAAACUACAACAGCAGCAGCUAGAGAUGCAGACCAAGCUCCUUACAAUGUCAAACAACAUGACAACAGAGCAGUCUCCUAAGCAGCGUCGAUCGACUUCACCAGUUAGGAGUGUGUCUUUGGGAAACAUACCCAAGAAAGCCUUCAGCAAGACUAAGCUCAGCGUGCCGUCACCAUCCUGGUGUAAAGACAUGGAUUACAACAGACAGGUUUUGAAAUACCGGUCAGAGGCUGACGAGUUGAGAGCCCACGAAACACCCGCACCAAGAUCCCGCCCACCAAAACCGGCCAUUUACGAGUCUCAGCCACAGAAAAAUCGAGGACUUCUCGAAGAGAUUCUGGCCACUCAAGAUUCUCCUGCCAACUACUCCCAUGAUGCAUCUGUCAGAGCUCACUCCCCACCUGUUAGAUUGAGGGAGGAGACUGAACUGAGGAACCGACGUGAUGUGAGUCCAAUCCACCAGGCAAAGCGGCUAGAGGAAGAACUGUCGUUCAUCAAUCAGCAAAUGAAUGAUCUUGUCACUGUGACUCCUGACAAGCUGAAGUCAAGUGCAUGGAAACACAGUGAGUUGUCUUGUGAAAAAUUUGAAGUUGCUGACUUUAGAAAAGGACCAGCACCUCUUGAUCAGUACCUGAAAUGUCCAGUAGACCCUGCCAGCAGUCCGUACCCCAAGCUGCGUGAUCUGAAGAGUGAAGUGAUCAAUGCACCGGUACCUGAAGGCUUUAGUCAGGCUCGCAGUGUGCUACAAGAGGUAGAGAACAACCGAACCGUCCUCGAGACUAACCUACAGAGGGUGCUCCGAAACCGCAGCGAUAUCGAGGUGUACAGCCUUGUUGAGGCCCUGUAUCAAGAUGGAACUGUUCCAGCAAGGUCACGGAUUACACACUUGGUGGAUGAUUACAUUUCAUCACUGCAGAAUGAAAUAGAUAGAGAUGUGCAGUCUGAGCUCAUUGAUAUUGACAGCAAGACCAAACUUUCUGCACUGAGCCAAUCAAAAAUGGCUCUCAAGGGUCAGGCAGUGAAAACGGGGGUUAAAGGUCAAACAAGAGGCCAGGCCAGAAUUGACAGUGGAUUGAAGAAAGAUGCUGCAAGUGUUAAAAUACCAUCUGGAAAGGGAACAACAUUUGGGAAACCUAAACCUGUCACCAAGAAACCUCGAGAUGAAAAUUUCCUUACUAAAGUGUAUGGGAAGGCAGCAUACCAGAAGGGUCGGACUACCACCAAAGACCCAUAUCUGUAUUUCCGUAACACCAGCAAGCCCAGGAAACCGCGGUCUCCACCCACAGUUCACGUACCAGCUAUUGAAGUGAGAUCCUCAAAGACACAGACAACUCCAGGAGGACUUGGUGAUAGUUCUCAGCCCGGCAAAGUGACCGAACCACGACAGUAUUACUUCAGUCCCAACACAGGAUACAUUCCACUUGAUGCUUCUGCCUCAACACCAAUCGCUGGCCAGCUUAUCCCGAUGGCUAUCCAGCUACGUAAACCACGGAUGGACCCGGGACUCGUCACAUCCACGGUUAUCACUCCCUCCAGUGUUACAGUGAUGUCUCCUCCAAAAUCUUCACGCCAUCCUCAGGUUACCGCUGCCGACAAUGUGGCUGUGGUUUCCAUGCCAACAGAAGCAAGCACUUCACACCAGCCAGAAUUGGUCAAGCAGGUUCUUCCAUCUAUGGACAUUGACAGCAUGUCGGAAACCUCAUCUCAACGAGAUGUCCACAUACAGCGUCCUGAAUCGCCCAAAGUUCAUUUUGAUGUCUCCUAUCACUAUGACAGAGAUGAGGAUGGGUAUGAGAGUGACUAUGAAGAAGAUGUAUCAGGAUCAGGAACGGGCAUCGCUCUGCCUGGUCACGUGCCUCAAAUACCAGAAUACAAUGGACCGGACUUCCCUCCUGCAGCAGUGCCAUCUAUGGGUAGAGACAAGAAGUAUGACUUACUCCCCCCUGGUCCUACAUCCGAUGUGUUGGCAGAUGACCUCAGGAGGAGAGAUCUUGUUGAAAACAAAGCCAUAGAGUGGAUUGAACAGGAGCUGAUGGCUCGAAUCAUCACCGAGGUGUAUCCUCUCCGACGUCCCGAGGAGAACAUGGCCCAUCUGAACGUGAGCCAGGCCGUGUCGGAACAGUCGCUAGACAGCUCACCAGAAGAAUCUCAGCUAGUGCUGGAUACAAUAGGACAGACAGGACUACAGUUGUUUGUCAAUGCUGGUCAGCCCGUGGACAACUCACUGGUGAAUGCUCUGGUGAAGGAGGUCAUCUCGGAGAAGGUGAUCAACAUGCUGGGACAGAGGCUUGACGACAACCUGGAAUCACGGACACAGGCCGGGAGGAUGGACGAGCAGCUGUCAGACAGAGAAACAGAUCUGGGGCAGUAUGAGGAGGUUUCUCAGAGUCCAAGGCGCGUGAGGACACCUAAACCCACUCCCAAAUCCAGUCCAGUGACCUCUCCCCCUCGCAGAGUAUCACCACCUUUGACCCCGGAUGAGUCCAUUGCUGAUGAGGGUGAAGCAUGGAAACCUAUUAGAACACCUGAGGUACAAGUGGUACAGCCUCGAGUGGAGGUAGAAUCUGAAAGUGAAGUGUCCACGUCACUGGACCUGAGUGAGGAGCUGAGAAAACUACAGAGGAAACCCGAUGAGGAAACUGCAGAGCAGCUUGAACCACGACAUGACGUGGUCACCCCCGACUUGACCCCACAGCCGUCAGUUGCUGAACCUCCCCCCGAGCAGUAUGUUCCUCCUCCCUCACCAUCCCCACCUUCAAGUCCUAGGCAGGUUAUUCAGCCCGAACAUGUUGUUCCAACAAGGCCAACAGUCAAACCACAACCUCCACAAGAAGAAGAAAUAAUGGAAACAACGCAAGGUCCGCAGCCCUGGGGUAACCCUCAGUCCCCACCCCCUGAAGAGAACCCUGAGUAUGACACCGGACGAUCAGAGGCUGACAAACCGGCGCCUAUUGUGUCGAGUGUGGAUGUGAGAAAGAUUGAAGAGCCAUCAACUCUAGAGCAUCGUAAAGUUCAAACCCCGACACCUCCCGAGAGAGCUGACACACGCUCGUCAGCCUCGGAAGAGGAAACCAGCAUCACAGACACCAUCAACGAGAGCAUCUCUGAAGGCCAGUGGCUGCUGGAUCGCAGCGAAGGCCAAGUGGCUGUUUUCCCACUGGAUGAAGUUACACGUCAGCAGAUGGUUCAGUCUGUGAGGGCUAUUAACAUCAGCACCGUCAGCACACUGAGAGACACUGAAGACUUAGAACUGGAUGAGACCGACAUAAGAAGUGACGGAGAAUUCAUUUACAACCCAUACAUGUCUCCGGAGAAGGAUCCCAUGUUGUCUCUGGUAACCCGACACCAACAACAGAUAUUGCACUUGCCGGCCUUUAGUGGACAGAGUGUUGGUCAGUUUGACCUGGCAGGUCACCAGGUGAACGGGGGACUCGGGACAACAGGGAGGAGUCUUGGAGAGAUAAGUCUCGACCAGCCGGUAGCUCAGAGAAACAACCAUGUGACGUCGAGACAAGAAUUCAUGACCAGGUCUAUGGGCUCCAUUGAAGAAGAAAAUGAGGUCAGUCCGGUGAAGGAUUCCACCAUGAAGCUAGAUGAUCUGAAGUACAGUAAAGGAAUCCUCAAGACAACAGAUUUGAAACCAACUCCGAUGUCGGGCCGCCCUGUUCCAUCAAGAUCACAAGGGGGUCUCACUAGAAACCAGGGUGUGGUCUCUUCCCGCAAGCCUCCUCAAGGCUCGCGAUCACAGGAGUCGAUGGAACCCGCUGAAACCCGUUCAGGGAGUCGCAUCAUUAAAGUUCGAAGCAGCUCGGAGGAGUUCAGAAAUUCCGUGGAUCAAGAAAAUGGCAACAAUGAGCAUGGAACGCGCACUCUCACACCCGACCAAAUAAACACAGAAGCUCUUAUGCAGUCUGGAUACCUCUCUCAGACGUUCAGCCAGUCAGACGGCCAGUCUGGCAGAAGCACUCAAGAAGUUAACCAAUCAGGUUCAAGAACCCGGUCAGGCGGUGUGCAGACGCCCAGUGAGAUGGGCCGAUCUUUGAGUCCUCAGAGGCUGAGAGCGUCUGGCCAAUCACUGGGGCUGACGUACUCAUUUGAGAGUGAGGAGGGAUUCAGUGGCAGCGAUAUGGAACUGCGUAGGCUCGUCGGGUCCGGUCCGCUGAAAAUGUCUGUGACCAUUCCGUCCACAGGCCAGGAUGAGGAGAGUGAAGAUCUGUCAGAAAUAGACAUAACUGAUCCAGUUUAACGUUCUUUGUAAAACAAAAUGUACGAACUUCAUAAAAAUAACCAACAGAAGUUGUAGAAGGCUGCAUUAUUAGUCCCCUACGGGUCCAACCGUAGGGGACUAUUGGUUUCAUCUCCAUUGUCCUCGCUGUGUGUCCUCCUGUCUGUCCCACUUACAGUUUUCCACUGAAACUUUGUAUAUAGUUUUAUCAUGUACUGUUACAGAUAAAGUUUGACUUUCAUGACAAUUACCCACUUUUGACAGAUUUAUGGCCCUUGAACUUUUAUGUGUUUUCCUGACGUGUUUUGCAGUGCUACCAGAUAAUGAGCUGAAAUUUUAUGUAUAGCUUUAUACAGAUCUGUUACAGAUGAAGUUUGACUUUCAUGACGAUUUACCCAGAUUAAUGGCCCUUGAAUUUAGAAGACACAAUUAAAAAAUUGGGCCCGGUAGGGGACAUGUAUUGCUUUAGCAGUACUCUCAGAAUGCAUGUUAAAGUAGGUUCCUAUUUCAAAGGCAUGGCAUAAAAGGGAAAGGUCUUUACAGAGGCUAUGCCUGUUGAUCAAUCCCAUCUGUUAAUAUUAACAGAAAGAAAUAUUGUUUAAACCAAAGGCAUAAUAUUAUGUCUAGUACUGAAUUAUGAAUGAAAAAAAUUACCUUCUCUUGACAUAAACUUAAACUGUAUUUACUUGCCUAUAUUCUUUCAUGGUUCAUGGUUCUAGGGGAUCUUUAUGAGGCAAAGAGUUUUUAUAUUUUUAGCAAUUUUGCAUGUCUUGAAAUAAACACCAACUUGGUCCAUGUGUAUGUUCCUCUGCAACUAAUAAUCACCUCAUGCCAUUUUGGGAACGUUUUAGAUGACUAAUAUAGCAAUAAUUCAAGUAAAGAACAAAAUAUUUGUAGCCAUUAUUUAAUUAAAUAUCAAAAUAUUUGUAGCCAUAAUUCAAAUCAAAGGCAGGCUUGUCAAAAGAAGCCAGCAAGCAGCACAUUACUUUAUUUAGUGUGAUAUCUUCAUAAAGUAUUUUAUAUCCUUUUGACUUCAUUACUAAUUGACUAAUGUUUUGGAAGAUGUUUUAAAACAUAGCAGUACAGACCUACUAAAUGAUCACAGUUAUGUUCUUCCUAUUGUUAGUCCCUUACCAGUUCAACCAGAGGGGACUAUAGGUUUCAUCUCCGUUCUUCUCUGUCUGUCGGUCCCACAUGUUUUCCAGAUACUUUUUUCAGAAGGCUUUGAGAUAUUGAGCUGAAUUUUUGUAUAUAGCUUCAUCAUGUAGUAUUACAGAUCAAGUAGGACUUUCAUGAUGAUUUACCCAUUUUUAAUGGACUUACGGCCUUUGAACUUAGAAGAUGUGAAAAUUUAUUUUCUGGAUUUUUGCAAUGCCUGGAGAUAUCAAGAUGAAAUUUUGUAUACGGUUUUAUCAUUUGUAUAUAGCUUUACAGAUCAAGUUGAAGUUUCAUGGCGAUUUACCUACUUUUCAGAGUUAUGGCCCUUGAAUUUAGGGGAUACAAAAAAUUGUUGGGCCCGGUAGGGGACAUGUAUUGCUUUAGCAGUACUCUCAAAAUGCUUGUUAAUAUUUAAUUGAAUUAAGACUAUAAAUGUUAUGAUAUUAGUCUGUCACUUUUAAUUGGAAUGAAAUUGCUAGUAUUUUGGAAUAUGACAUUACGAAAAAAAACCCAGAAAAACAAAGAAUACAAACUUAGAAAAUUAAAAAUUAAAAACCCCUUUCCCAAAAAUUCUCCAGAAUUCCAGUACUGAUUAACUACCCUACUCUCCCAAAUUGGACAUAAUAAACAACAUUUUCAAUCUGUUACGGUUAAAAUUUCAGGUUUGUGGUUGUGGACAACAAAUUGGCCUUAAUGUUUGUUUAAUCUUUGCAACUUCUGGUAUGGUAUUUUUUACACUUAUGUUUGUUUAAUCUUUGCAACUUCUGGUAUGGUAUUUUUUACACUUAUGUAUUAUCAUAUCCGUCCAAACUAAUGUUUAUUUAUUUAUUUAUUUACUUUUCAUUUCCAAGUAUUAGAUUUAAAAAAUUACUUUUAACCUCCAAGAAAUUAGUAUGUCCAAAAUAUUUCUUAUUUUUAAUUGUAUGUAGUAGAUAUUAAAAUGUAAACUUGUAUUAAGACCAGUAAUGUAUGUACUUGUUAAAAAAUGUGACCGGCCUCGGUGGCGUAGUGGCAGGCCAUCGGUCUACAGGCUGGUAGGUACUGGGUUCGGAUCCCAGUCGAGGCAUGGGAUUUUUAAUCGAGAUACCGACUCCAAAACUUGAGUGAGU